GGGGCAAUACAAGAGGAAGAGGGGCGAGGGCGAGAGAUAUGAUGAAAAUGCAUCCUAUUCGGAAGUCAUUGAUAGCUGACUCUACCUUUGAUGCACAAGCCACAAUGUGUUCUAAAGAAAUCCAACAGUUCUUUCCACCCAAGUCAUGCUCUUCUCUCCAGCAAAAUUAUGCAUGUUCACACCUUCAUAGGCUCAUAGCUUAUCUUGUACCACCCUAACUGUAUGCUGUUGGCAUAUGCAGGUAUGGCCUUAAUAUCCAAGGCUGCUGUCAACGAUGGUUUCAGCCCUCUGGUGUUCAACGCUUAUAGACAAGCCAUUGCUACACUCGUUUUGGCACCCUUUGCUUUUCUAUUGGAAAGGACAACGCAUAGUUUGCUGUCAUUCAGCCUCUUCUUCAAAAUCUUCCUCGCUGCUUUAUGUGGACCCACGGUGAGCCUGGAUCUAUACUACAUGGCCUUCCGAUUUACCUCAGCCACAAUUGCAACUGCGAUUCUCAAUACCAUUCCAGUAGUCACAUUUUUCCUGUCUAUCCUGCUGAGGAUGGAGACUCCAGGUUGGAGCUCUUUUUAUGGUAUAUUAAAGAUUGUCGGGAUGGUGAUAGCUGUUGGAGGAGCUGUGCUGCUUAGCUUUACAAAUUCCAUGGGAAGCAGCAAAGAAACAUCCUCUGGUGGAGGCCUAGGGGGUCACAAGAACUGGAUUAUAGGCCCGGUUCUUCUCUUUCUUUCUUCCGUAGCUUGGUCAUUAUGGCUCAUCGUGCAACCGAAGCUCCUUAAACAAUAUCCUGCUCAGCUGCGCCUCUCCACUCUGCAGUGUCUCCUCAGUUCUGUGCAAGCCACUGUGGCAGCGGUCGCCUUCAGCGAAACUUUGACUCAUGGAAGAUAGGGUGGAAUAUUCAACUUGCUUCCCUUGCGUAUUGUGGUGUACUUGUAACUGGGGCUUCAUUCGGGCUACAAAUUUGGUGCAUAGAGAAGAAAGGACCUUUUUAUGCGGCCAUGUUUUCUCCACUUUCGUUGCUUAUAACAGCUAUCUUCUCAGCUUUUGUGUGGGCUGAGCGGCUACGUUGGGGAAGUAUAUUGGGUGGCAUUAUGAUUGUUGGAGGUCUUUAUUCUGUUCUAUGGGGAAGGAGCAAGGAGGGCACUCAACAAAUGCUCAAAAGCGAGCCUCCGGCUCCCGGUGAGAAGAGCCAAGAUGUUGAAAGAAGCUGAUCAAUUCAGGCCCAUCACUUCGUUUUCCUCACACGCAAACAGGGAACACUCUGUUCAUAAGAACCUCAAGAGGAUGUGCACUACUCAAACCAGAUGAACCUCAAGAGGAUGUGCAUAACCAUGGAAGCCUGUGCUUCUUAUGGGGCAAUGGUAUUAGUUCAGUUCGCAUAUGGUGGAGGAAAUAUCUUAAUUAAAAUUGCUCUUGAAAGAGGACUCAAUCAACUUGUCUUCGUGGUUUAUCGGCAUAUAAUUGCUAUGCUUUUGUUAGGCCCCUUUGCUUAUGUACUGGAAAGGAGACAUCGCCCUUCACUCUCCUUCUCUGUGAUCACAAAGAUUUUUUUGCUUUCAUCACUUGGGACUACCAUCCAUCUUAAUGUUUACUAUGCUGGUUUAGCGUGCACUUCUCCAACAGUUGCAACCGCCUUGAGUAAUGUUAUCCCUAGUCUGACCUUUCUCAUGGCAGUUGCACUCAGGAUGGAGACAGUGAAGAUAAAAAGUGCUAGAGGUCAAGCUAAGGUGUUGGGGACACUCAUUUGCAUUGGUGGGGCACUUACAUUUACCUUCUGGAAAGGAGGAUACCUAUUAAUAGGCUUUGUGCCCAGGCCUCUGAUAAAUAUCUGUGGCCCCAAUGGUUCUCUUUGCAAGUUGAGCCAUGGCAAGGAUAACUGGAUCAAGGGUUCUGCACUUAUUCUGACCAGUCACAUAGCAUGGAGCGCAUGGCUGAUUCUCCAGGCUGUGGUCUACAAAGUCUACCCAGCUCGAUUAUCUCUGAACACUUUGAUUUGCUUCUUUGCAUCAUUGCAAUCUUCUUUCCUUGCCCUGUUUUUUGCAAGGAAUCCAACCUUAUGGAAGCUGGAAUGGAACAUGCAGCUAUUGACCAUCAUCUACUCUGGAGUGGUGCUAUCAGCUUUAGUCUACUACCUGCAAACAUGGUGCAUCGGCCAUAGGGGACCAGUUUUUGCAGCAAUGUUUAGUCCACUACUCCUAAUUAUCGUUGGCAUAUUCUCAGCUAUUGCUUUUGCAGAGCGACUACACUUGGGCAGCUUGGUAGGAGCAUUUCUCAUCCUUGUGGGUCUUUAUUGUGUGCUUUGGGCCAAAAAGGCAGAAAAUCUUGUCACUGGGCAACCAGAGAAUGGAAAAGGAUGCGAUGAUAAGAAAAUGGUGGAGAUAUCCAUCAACGAGACGGCAAGGAAUUCUGUCACAGCUGAAACGAAAUGAAAUUGGUGCAUUUGUUGGAAAGUAAAUAGAUACAUAUAUGAUUAUCAGAAGCAAUUAUCAGUACAACACCAAGUCAUGCUAGGAUCUCUUUUUCUGUAUAGACUUCUUAGAACCAGCUAAAGUCUAUACUUUCAUUCAAACUGCUGGGUAGAACAGCAAAGAUGCAUUAGUUUUAUUUGAUUGUCAA